UCACCUGCUCCGGCUGUGCCUAGGGCGGAAGGGGGGGACUGGUAUAAAGCAGCAGGCGCCAGUGCCGCUGCAACUCACUGCAGUGCGGCUGGAGUCUGCUCUGCCCCCUCCCCACCAGUUCAACACCACCAUGACACCUGGCAUCCAGUCCCCCUUCUUCCUGCUGCUGCUUCUCCCAGUGCUUCCAGGACAGAAUAGCGUUACCUUAUCUCAAGUCUCCAACACUGCCCCAAACUCGGCCAAUUCUGUGAUCACUGCAACUCCAAGCAGCAGAUCUCCAUCAGGCUCUGCCGCCACCCCAGCACACCAUGCAUCUGGGACCACUGGGGCUCCAAGCAGCUCAGCCUCCACCCCAGCCCAUCAUGGCACCUCAUCUGGAACCAAUGGGGCUCCAAGCAGCUCAGCCUCCACCCCAGCCCACAAUGACACUUUAGCCCCAACUGCGGGGACUUCAUCAGUCUCAGCUGCCACUUCAGUACACAGUGGCACUUCUACUAUGGCUACUACAACCCUACUCGACAAGGGUACUAAAUCCUCAGUUUCCAGCCAGCCGUCUGACAUUUCUACCACCGCUGCCAACAUGAGCAACAGUACUGUUGCCAGUAGCAAUAGCCAUAGCACGGUGCCUCCCUCCACCUCCUGCAAUCAUAGUUCUCCUUCCCAGGUGUAUGUUAGGGUCUCUUUCUUCUCCCUGUCUUUUUACAUUUUAAACCUCAAGUUUAAUUCUUCCCUGGAAAACCCUAGAACCAACUACUAUCAAGAACUGCAGAGGAACAUUUCUGAAUUGGUUUUGCAGGUUUAUAAACAAGAUGGUUUUCUGGGCCUCUUUAAUAUCAUGUUCAGACCAGGAUCUGUGGUGGUAGAACUGACUCUCGUCUUCCGGGAGGGUACCACCAAUGCCAAAGAAGUGAUGUCACAGUUUUAUCAGCUCAAAGAGGAAGGAUCGAAUUAUAACCUGAACAUCUCAAGAAUCAAGGCGAAUGAGGUGCUGUUUCCUUCCUCUGCCCAGUCUGGGUCUGGGGUACCAGGCUGGGGCAUUGCCCUGCUGGUGCUGGUCUGUGUUCUACUUGCGUUGGCCAUCUUAUAUCUCAUUGCCUUGGCGGUGUGUCGGUGUCGCCAAAAGAACUAUGGGCAUCUGGAUAUCUUUCCAUCCCGGGAAACCUACCAUCCUAUGAGUGAAUACCCCACUUAUCACACCCAUGGGCGCUAUAUGCCCCCUGGAAGUACCAACCGUAGCCCCUAUGAGGAGGUGUCUGCAGGCAAUGGCGGAGGCAGCCUCUCUUACACGAACCCAGCAGUGGCAGCCACUUCUGCCAACUUGUAGGGACAGGUCACCUGCUCAGCGCUCAGCUGCCAGAAGUGCCUCAGGUUCUUCACUGCCAGAGCCCCUCUCUCCCAAUCUGGGCUGAUGAGCUGGGAAUUCCGGUGGGCUGCUCACAGCCUCCCUCAGAGGCUUUACCAAGCCCCCUAACCCAUCUUAGCCUGGUGAAGCCCAGCUGUGCCCCGGGGGAUAUGCCUGGGACAGUGGGGCCCUGGUAGCUCUCAGGAGGAUUGGCCUAGAAAUUCUGGCAAUGGAGGUGA